AUGGGCUUCACCAUGGGCCUGAACCUUCUCCUCCUCCUGGCCAUGGUCGCCACCAACAUUUUAUCUCUCUACCAUCUCUCCUCCAACAUUCAGUCCAAGCCCCCUGCCCCUCCGCCCGUCCCCGACCACCUAAUCCACCAGCUCUCCACCAUCCGCGCCACCAUCAACCACCUCACCUCCCUCCACCCCUCCGCCGCCAAGCAAACCCCAUCCUCCUCCUCCGCCGCCGCCACGGCGGCGGCCCCCUCCGAUCUCCUCAUCUACACCAACAUCGCCCCCAUCGCCUCCUCCUGCAGAGACAACCCCGCCCUCCUCCACCGCUACAUNCCUCCCGGCGGACCCGUUCUCCCCCCUCCCCGACCGGACUCCGUUCCUCCUCACCCGCUACGCCUGCCGGACUUUCUCCUGCCUCGCCGCCGGCUCGAACCCCGAAAUGGGCUUCGACAUGAGGGUCGAGAGAUCCAACUCCUGCAAAUCGCGGCGUCGGCGGGCGUCGCCAUCCGGCUCGCAGCGGACGUCGGCGGCGGGACGGGCACCUUCGCCGCACAGAUGAAGCUGCGGAACGUCACCGUGCUGACCACCACCAUGAGCCUCGGCGCGCCGUACAGCGAGGCGGUAGCGGCCAGGGGGCUGAUUCCCCUUCACGCGCCCCUGCAGCAGAGGUUGCCGGUGUUCGACGGGGUAUUGGAUCUGGUGAGGUACGGGCGCGCCGUAAACCGGUGGAUCCCAGCCGUGUCCUUGGAGUUCCUGCUCUUUGAUGCAGAUCGGGUUCUGAGGGCUGGCGGCUAUAUUCUACUGGAUCGGUUUUUCAGUAAAAAAUCGGAUCUUGAAAAGGUAUAUGGACCGAUUGUAGGGAAGUUGGGCUACAAGAAGGUGAAAUGGGCCGUGGCCGAUAAGAAUGAUCCGAGUGGGAUUAAGAAUGGGGAAGUUUAUCUCACUGCACUUCUGCAGAAGCCAUUGAAUAAAUGA